CUGUUCCGCCGUCUUACUGUCCCCUCUCACUUCUUUCUCUCUUUCGUCUCAUACCGCUACUCUCUCGCCGGGCCUCCACCCAUAUCAAUUUUUGUUAUUGUUCUAUCUUCUCUUUUACAUCAUCCUUGGCUCUACGGCAGUAUGAAGGCCUUAAACUGGUGGGCAGCGAAUAAGAUUGCGGGCAUUCCCGAAACCCGUUAUGGGUUGCGAGACGACGAACGCAGAACCAUCGAGAGAAUCGGUACCAUACAAACCGACAGGCUGGCGACGUCUAGAUUUACUGAGAACCGUUGGGAUCCUGGAGUUUGCAUCCGAACAAUGGACGCUCUGCUUUCUAAGAUAAAGGAACUGGUCCCAGAAGAUGAUCCAAGUUCUAGCAAGCAAAGAGUUCUCAUAAUCAGCUCUGUAGACGGGGGCCCAGGAGUGGAACAUCGCCUGUGGAACCUAACAUUCAAAAUCCGGGACCGGCUGCCGGAAGAUCGGUUUGUAGAGGAAGACGAGCUUCAGUGCAUCUUCGGGGGGCAAUGAAUAAAAAGCGGUGAUAACAAAAUUAUUUGGUAUUACUCCAACCAUUAAAGGGUGACUCUUUCAUUUAUCUAAUCCAACAAAAUAUACAAAUGUAAAAUGUAUAAUAGGCCUAGAGUAAAGCCUGUGUUUAUAGACCACCCAAGGGGGACAAGAAAAGUAUCAAAUGGUCUUCGUGUUCAAGUUCCAUUUGUAAACGUUUCAUUUAUUCAUAGUGCAUGGGAAAUGAGAUAUGAGACUAGGCUCUUCAAUGGACACUCUACAAGUGCCCGAGGAGAGGGGAAGGUAAUAAGCCAUACAGCUAGUGUUGUAAAUUGACAAAAAUACACAAAAUAAUACUUUUCAUUGCUCAGUAUUGAUGUAUCUCAAAUAAAUAAGUGCAAUCUGACAUUCAAUUUCUUACAACAUCUGUCGGAGUUACUUUGUCUACUUAGCAUACUCCUUAAAGCAGGAGUGGAGAUCAAUUUACCAUAAAACAACAAUAACACAUGAGCAAUAACUCAAUUCUUUCUGUUCAUAUGUUAUUGUGAAAUAAUGUUCUUUAUUUAGGUUCGCACAAAUUAAUAAUGACAUGAAAACACACAGUUUAUCAUUCUUUUGGUUGUUUCUAGCUUCACACACUUCAACAUUUUUUGUUUCUUCCAAUUAAAAAUAAUUAGAAGAAAAAAAGACCCUUUCUUCUGUUGUAUAUAUGCCAGCUUUAUUUCUCUCUGAUUACGUAGAGAAAAACCUUUCUGGGUUUUGUCUUUGCUUCACAUAUACGUAAAAAGUAAACUUCUUUCAAGAACUACUUGCCAUUUAACUGUCAUGACCUUAAUUUUAAAUAUUUGUGAAUAUAAUAUGUAUAAUUAAAACCACAAUAACUAUUUCCAAUAAA